AUGAAAAAUCAAAACUACUGUGAAUCAAACAUUAUCAAUCAAAACAUAUCUGAAUUAUUCUCAAAAAAAGACAUUGAAGAGAUGGCUAGUUCUAAAAAUUUUGAAUGGAUAAAACCUUAUACACUCAAUGAAAAACUUAAAUUAUACAUAGAUGUAAAAGAAAAAAAAGAUUUUAAUAAAAAAGAUAAAAAAUUACAGAGAUCAUGUGUAAGGAGAGAAUGCAAAUUUCUUCGAACAGUUGUAUGGUUAGAAUUACAAAUUACAUAUAUUAAAUAUAUUGAAGUUCAUCAUAAAGAACUCGCAAAAGAGUAUCGAAAUAAAAGAAUUUGGGAUAAAUUGGACGAAAAAUUCCUAAUUCAAGAUUUGCCACUAUUGCUUAAAAAUUUUAUAGAAGAAUAUAUUUUUAAUCAAGAUACAGAAAUACCAAAAAA